AUGAAACUGAGAAGACGCGUCGUGUGCCUCAGAGCAAGAGCAAGACCGCAAUCACUCCGGAGACGAAGAACAUGCAACAUAUUCAAUAAGCAACCAAUGCUCAUUGAGGCCAACUCCCCAAUUAACAUUUGUGGUGACAUUCAUGGACAAUUCAGUGAUCUUCUUCGCCUCUUUGACAAAAACGGCUUCCCACAUCGUGCGAAUUAUCUGUUUCUUGGUGAUUAUGUGGAUCGUGGAAAGCAUUGCCUUGAAACAAUCUUGCUUCUAUUCGCCUACAAAGUCAUCUUUCCAAACCAUUUCUUCAUGUUGCGAGGCAAUCACGAAUGUUCACUUAUCAACAAGAUAUAUGGAUUCUACGAUGAGUGUCAGCGCCGUUACAACAAACCAUCCGUAUACGUUUCGUUUGAAGGUGUCUUUUCGGAUAUGCCAUUGACAGCUCUUGUUGGUCAGAGAAUUUUGUGUAUGCAUGGCGGAGUUUCCAAAAUGCUUCAAAACGUCAGUCAACUUCGUGCUAUCAAACGUCCAUUUGACAAUCCUGAGCCAAAUACGCUUGCAAUUGACAUUCUUUGGAGCGAUCCAACAAACUUCCAAAAAGGAUGGAACCCAAACUCUCGUGGUGUUUCAUACGUUUUUGGAUCAGAUGCCCUUCGUAAACUUCUCGAUCGUCUUCAAAUUGAUCUCGUGGUUCGUGCUCAUCAAGUUGUGCAAGACGGCUACGAAUUCUUUGCUAAUCGUCGUCUGGUUACAAUCUUUUCGGCACCGUUCUACUGUGGACAGUUUGAUAAUGCAGCUGCAGUGAUGUAUGUCAAUAAGAAUCUUGUCUGUUCGUUUGUGGUUCUCCGUCCCAGAAAGAAAAUUGCGAGACGCCGUAUGAUGCCAGCGGCCAGCUAG